GGGUUUUUAAUUUAGCGUCAAUAAAAAGAAGACUUUUAUGCGUAAAAAAUAUACUUCAAAGCUAUCAGAACUUGAAGAUAGCUGCUUUUCGAUGUGCUUUUUUCAUAGAAUGAAUUUUUGAUUUUCAAAUGUAGUGUGCUUUUGGGAUUCACUCAAAUAUACUUUGUCGGCCCCCUGCGAGAGGCUACGCUGCGUGCAGUUGUCCAAAGAAUGGCGGAUGGAGGGGGAUGGAGCCAGCCUCAUUAAAAUAUCGGGCCACCCAGCUACCAUCUCUCGCUGUCUCACCACCAAAGACCGACAUAAUAUCUCAAUGUUCCAUUGCAAUAAUUCAGGGCAGAUAGUCAGUACGAAGGAGGGGAGCGAGAGCGCGGUCCUCGCGAUCCAUUCCAGGGCAAUGGAGGGACGGUGCCACCUCGCCUCUGCCGAUCACAACAAAGUGCCUGAUAUUAGGGAUGCCUCUGUCGCAGCGGCCUCCCACUGUGAGUCGGCGGCGGGCGCCACCGACUCGUCCGGGCCGGCCGGCGCCGCCCGGGGACGCGGAGCGAGUCCCCGUGCCGGCGCCGCCCGCCCAUCUCCACACUCUGUGAUACGCUCAGCGCCCGAGCAGCGCGCCGUGGCGGUGCUCUCUCGUGUGGUGCCGCGCGGCCCGGCCACCACCGCCGGCUGGCGGCUGGCGCCGUGGGCGCGACUGGUCGGAGGAGGAGAGUCCACUGGCGGCACGGGCACGGCCGGCUGGGGCGCCCCGCCGCCGGCAGCUACAGGAAACAGCGCCGCCGCCGGCACGGCCAACUGGGCUCAGACCGGCCCGCCGCCCUCUCAGUGGGGCAGCGGCGGCCGGCCGAACGGCGCGCAGCCAUCUGGCGCCGCGCAGCCGCCGCAGCCCGGCGCAGCAAAGAACGGCACCGAUCAGCCUCAGCAGCAGCCUCAGCAGGGGCAGGAUCAGCAGCAGCAGGGCGGCGAUCAGCAGGGGCAGCAGUCGGCACAGCCAGCCCAGCCCGGACAGGAUGGGCAGGAGCAGCCGGCGGCCGGCGCGCAGGCUCAGAACGCCGAGAACAUAAUGCUAUGA